AUGUCGUCUCAGCCAAAACCAGAGUUUGAACAACGCUACGAGUGUCAAGUGGCCGUCGUUGACUAUGACGAUGAAGAGAACUUGAGAUUCGCCCUCAUGGGAAUCGACCUCGUCAUAUCCACCAUCCGCGGACAGGAGCAGAUCAACCUCAUCAAGGCCGCCCGCCAUUCCCGCGUCCGGCUAUUUGUCCCCGCCGAAUUCGAAGGCUGCAUUUCUCACCGACCAUCAACAUCUGACCAUCCCCUAGACUAUGGUUCCAAUGAAGCUCUGGAGCUUCUGAAGCACUACGCCAACUCCAGGUCUCGCAAGAUGGAUUACACCGUAUUCUCUUGCGGAAUACUAUACGAGCGCUUUGCGCCAGGCGGUUUAGCAGAGUACGGAAUGGGAGCUCACCAGCACAUACAGGGUCAAGGCAGCUAUCUUGUCGACGUCGGCAACGCAACCGCCGACAUAAUCGAGACAAACGGCUCAGGAAGGCCAGUUCAGGUAUCCAUGACCUCGGUCGCUGACGUUGCUCGGUUCGUUGCUGCUGCAAUCGAGCUGGGUCCAGGCACCUGGCCGAGGGAGUUCAGGAUGCGUGGAGACAGAAUUGACCUCUCCAGCUACGAACAAAGGCAGAACUGGGACCAGUGGUGGAACAUCCAGAGAUUCAUCGCCACCGCUGAUGGUCGUUACGAUUUCCGCCAAACGAAUCUCAACGAGGUUGUCGACAUCGAGCCCGUCAGCUUCAGAGUCUGGCUGGAGUCACAAUGGGGUUCUGGUUGA